AAAUAUAGCAAAAAAAUAUAGGAAGUGCCUGUGAAUGCGAAAAAAUUAUGCAAAUAAAAAUUAAUUAAAUAUUUUUUCCGCAUAAAAAUAGAAAGAAAAGCUUAAAGUGGAAUUAGUGAAAGAGAAAAAUAAAUAAAUAAGUGCAAACAACAGCAACAAAUACAAGAGAGCUAAGAAGUAAUUAAUUUAAAAGUGGAGCGCUGCCGUCAACGCCGUAAAAAAUUAAUAAUGAAAUAAAGUGGCUGGUGAAGGAGAGUGGCAAGUAAAAAGCACAGCAAAAGUGUUUGAGUGUAACAACAACAAAGUCACUCAACUUAAAGGCAAGCGAGUGUUAAAUUAAAUAGCAAAUAGUGUUGAAUAUAUAUAUGAGAGUGUGUAUGUGUGUGAGACCUGCAAGUAAGACUGUAGGCAAGUGUGCAGAAAAUAGCGUCUUUAUUUAUUAAAGCCAUUUAUCUGCAUAAAUAAAUGCAAGCUGGCAACACUAACGCAAAUUAACGGCAGAAGAAAACGCACAAGUAAAUACAAACAAACACACUUCGAAGACAGACACACACAUAGAGCACACCAACGCAAGAAAGUUCCAACUAAAUGAAAGGUGCAAAAAUAAAUACGCCGGAAGCAGCAACAACAACUGUAACAACAACAACAAACGUUGCCAGCAUUCCGUGCGCUUAAGCAGCGACAGUCCCUACUAAAGAGAACGCUCACCAGCGUUAAACCUUAAUUGCCUCGCCUUCAUGCAUAUGCGUGAACACAUACAGACACACAAACAAAAAUAAAAACAAACACGCACACACGCAGGGAGUCAUGCAUGGAGCGCUCUGAGUGCGUUCGUUCGGACAGCUUGGCUUGACUUGGCAGCUGUGUCUUCGCGGAGCAAAGCAAAUUUCUUGCAAGCUGCAGAAGUUUCAGGACACGCUGUUGAUUAAGUAGAAAGUUUACAAAAACAACAACAACAAAUUUUAAAGCAAAUAAGUGUAGUCAACGACAUGUGGUUCUUCGUGUAUAUCUGUUUGUGUGAGUUAUGUCGUCAUAAAAUUGUUAGUUGUGUUGGACACUGAACGCCGACAACAACAAUAACUACAACAACACACCUAAACGUGACAAAUUCAGCAAGAAUCUUUCAACUUUAACCUCGACAAGGUCAAAAGAGCGCCAACAAAAAUGAAUGCAGCACAGAGCGGUGGCCACACGAGCAGCUCCUCGAUGGGCAAGAAGGGCUCACAGAUGGAGGAGCUGGUUGCCAUAUCGCCGGAACGACGUAAUUGGCGUGGCAUAUUUAUAGCGUUGCUGGUAAUAGCAGCUGUCUUCAGUCUCAUAAUAUUCUCCAUUUUUCUGCUGUCGCCAGAGGAUGAGGGGUUGCGCAUACGCGGCCGUCACAUGGUGCUGCCUGAUAUUUUGGGCAAAAGUUUGCAAUGGAAGCCCUUCAACGGCACUUGGAGUAGCGACAUUGAACUGAUAUACCGUGAUCCAACGGGCGGCUUAUCGAUAUUAAAUCUGGACAAUUACACAACGCGGGUUCUAAUGACCAACUCGACAUUCCGUCAGUUGAAUGCUGAAUCGUUUCUCGUAUCGCCCGAUCAGAAAUAUGUACUGCUGCAGUCCGACAGCAAUGCGGAAGGCUCCAGACAUCACGUUUACGAGGUGCAAACAGCGAACACCUUCCCACUCGGUCCCACAGAGAACAUAGCGGAGCCGCCGCGCUUGCAGUAUGUCACAUGGGCGCCCAAUGUGUUACUCGCGCCCGCCACAACCACAACAACAAGCACCACCACUACCACAACAACAACAGCCAGCACUACAACCACAACAACGAGAGCACCAACCAACACAACCACACAAGCCGCACGUUUGGUGGGCGCCGCUGCAGCAGCUACAGCCGUCAACGCCUCGGGCGGCGGCAGCAUAUUGCUCAGCAGUUUGGCAGGCGCUGCGACAGGUGGUGGAGCGGUUGGCAAGCCGCCGCCAAGCAAUUUUCAAUAUCCUAACGGUGGCGCUGUGAAAGCAUUCCCACAAAAUCAGGCAAUCGCCUUUGUGUACGAGAACGACAUCUACUACAAGCCGAAGGUGCAAGGCGAGCUGGUGUGUCGCAUUACAACAACAGGUCGCGCUGGCAUCGUCUACAAUGGCAUCCCGGAUUGGACGUAUGAGAACGUGCCGGAGCUGAAUGGGCGCAGCAGCGGUCUCGCCUUCUCACCGGAUGGCCUAUUUUUAGCAUUUCUCACAUUCAACGACAGCGAAGUGAAUGAAUACAAAUACACCUGGAUGGGCGACGAUAUCAAGUACCCAGCGGUGCUAACGCAACGCUACCCGAAGGCCGGCGAAAUCAAUCCGAAUGUCACCGUGAAUGUGGUGAAUCUCUCCGUCCUCAAAUACAUCUUCCCCACUCAAAUCAAACUUCCAGCCGAUCUAACGAAUGGCAGCUACAUUGGCGCCCUAACCUGGGCCACACCCAUCGAUCUCUCCGUGACGAUCACAAAUCGUGGUCAAACAAAGGCCACAACUGUGGUUUGUCGCGCACCGGACUUCCAUUGUCACCCUGUGCAUACAGAGGUAACGGUCAAUGACGGUUGGGUGUUACCAGCCGAGCGUCCCAUAUUCUCUGCACGCAGUAGCGCCAAUCUUAAACGCAACCAACUGCAAUUGCUCGCCAAUGGACUGAAUGGCAAUAACAGUUACCACAAUGUGAGCAACGGUCAAACCACUUAUGAGAUCUCACAUGGCGGUUAUCUGCUAAAACGUUUGCCGGUGCGUGAUGGCGAACAUGGACACUUCCGACAUGUGGUCUUCAUCUCAUCGCUGGAUCGCCGACCGGUGCCGCUCACAAUGGGACGCUUUGAAGUCACUGAGCUUUUGGGUUGGGAUGAGGCGCAUGAGAUUGUCUACUUUAUGGCGGCGCCAGAGAAGCGUCCGGGUGAACGGCAUCUCUAUAAGAUCAGUCUAAAGUUGAAUGAGACGCAGAGCAAUCGCGCGUAUAUUACAUCAACACAGCCGACUUGCUUGACCUGCGACAACACCAUAUCCACGUUCCGACUGACAGCGCAAGGUAUACAUGUGGAGGACGCGGAAAACCGUAGCGAUGACGAGACCGAGUGUUACUAUGAUAUACCGAAGAAUUGUCUUUACAAUAAAAUCUACUUCAGCAAAGAUUACUCGCAUUAUGUACAGGAAUGCCUCGGACCGGAGUCGCCCAGCGUGUAUAUGGUGGAGACACAAAGCAACAUGAAGACGUAUAUACUCAAUGCGGGUCACAGUUUGCGACAUCGGCUGCAACAGCUCGCCUUACCACAAAUACGUACGUUCAGUGUGGAGAUACGACAUGGCUUCCAUGCGCAAGUGCGACUCUAUCUGCCGCCCGGUAUGCGUGAGGACGAAGAGGUCGCCUUUCCGCUCAUACUGCACAUCAAUGCGGCACCCGGUUCACAGCUGGUCACCGAAAAGUAUCAAGUGGAUUGGAACUGGUAUUUGAGCAGUCAACGCUCCAUGAUUGUGGCGCAAAUUGAUGGACGCGGCAGCGGCUUCCAGGGUGAACUGCUGCGCACACAGGUGCACGGCAAGCUGGGCACCGUCGAAGUGGAGGAUCAACUGGGCGUAUUAACCUACCUGCGCGAUAAUUUGAAAUUCAUUGAUCCGUCACGUAUUUGUGCCUACGGCUGGGGUUACGGUGGUUACGCAGCAACCAUGACGCUUAUCGAUGACUCACACCAGGUGCUGCAGUGCGCUGUGGCCGUCAACCCGAUUGUCUCCUUUGGCUAUCAUUACUCAUUUUUCACCGAACGUUACAUACCGUUGAAGGGCGAUUACUUGCGCGCUCUGCAGGAGGCCGACCUGACCAUGAAGGCUGGCAAUAUUAAGGGUCGCAAUUUGAUGUUGAUACACGGCACGGCGGAUAGACUGGUGCAUCAGGAGCACACAUUGAUGUUGGUGCGUGCGCUGGUGGAUCAGCAAGUCAAGUUUCGACAUCAGGUCUAUCCCGAUGAGGAUCACGCGAUGACGAAAUCACUUAGCCAUGUCUACAAAACCAUGGAAUGGUACUUCGAUGAGUGCUUCGGCCCCAAUGACGACAGCGAAUGGGAUCCGACGGGACUGUUUGUGUUCAAACAAUAAUUAAUCUUUCACCGUGGUGAAGAGGUCUAUUUGUAGAAGCAGGUACUAAGUAGUUGCAUAAAUUAGUGUGAUUAGAGAUUAUUUAGGAAGCACGAAAAAAACAGUUUAAGCGAGUAGAGUUAAUACAGCGUUGAAAGCAGUUUAUGUGUAUGUAGUUAAGCGUAGAAAUGGGUAAAGCGAGUAUAGACAAGUUUAUAUGAAUAUACAGAUUCGAUUAAAAGGAGUUUAGGAGAGUUUAAAUAAAUAUACGCGACUAGUUAUGCCAGUUUAUACGAGUAUAUACAAGUUUAAACUAGUAUAUAUGGGUAUAUGCGAGUUUAUACGAGUUUAUACUAGUUUAUACCAGUAUGCAUAUUCGAUAAUAUACGAGUUUAAACGAGCAUAUGCGAGUUUAUACUGGUUUAUGCGAGUUUAUAGCAGUGUAUAUCGGAGAAAGCUUGAGUACACGUUCAUUGCUGUGCGAAGCGAUCGAGAUAGCGCGAUCUUAACUAGGAAAAUUCAAGUUUUUUGCAUUUUUGAAAGAAAAUAAAAUUACAAAUUAGUUUUUAUAUUCGAAGGCUAAGCAGACAAUUAAGCUAAUUAAUAAAGUUGGUUAGAAACAAAGCUUAAGUUAUGUAAAACUAAGUGUAAGUGGGUAUGCGGAACAAAAAAAUAUGAAAAUUAAUUUUAAAAAAAUAUUGAAAUAAAUAAUAAAAUUUAAAUAAUUAAUUGAAGUAAUUAAAAUAAUUAAUUGAAAGCUAACGAAUUGUAGAGAAGCAACCGCAACAUGCAAGUAACGUGAUUAAUUUGUGCGACUGAUUAUUGAAAUAUGCGUAAACACAUUUAAUGAGCAUAAAUAAACAUUUUAAUUAACAAAUUUAAAUUAACAAUUAAAGAAAAAAUAACACAAAAUAAAAUAUCAUAAAAAUAAAAAAAUUAAAAAAAAAUAUUUAAAACAAAAAAAUAAAUUUUGUGAAAAAAAACAACAUUCAAUAAACUAAGUGAUUACAUUGAGUUAACGGUUUAUCAUAUUUAAAGUAAAUUUAUAUAUAUAAAUUAAUUGUAUUUACUAAUUUUUUAUACUCGUUCAAGCGUGCAUUUCACAGGCGAUUACACGUGCGCAUGAAACAACAAAAAAACAUAUGAAUAUAUAAUAUUUAUUUACUGCAUAAAAGUUAUAUUGAAAAUGGAAAAUUAUAUAUAUAAUAAAAAAAAAUAUAUAUGAAUUUACUAUUUAUUUAAUGUUAAUAUGUUGCGAUAUUUAUUAAGUGUAUCAUUAAAUGUACUGUUAUGUGUAUUUUAUAGCUGUACAUAUGUAUAUGUGUAUGUAUAAUUAAUUAUACCGUUAUUCACAAAAUGAAUUAAAAUUGACUGAAUGUUAUUUUUUUAUAUGUCAUAUGUAUGUAUGUAUGUAAUCCAAUUGAAAUGCAUAAGUUUAUGGAAAUUUACAUGUUUUAGCUUUAAAGCGCAUAUUAUUAAUUGAAUUAUGAAUAUUAAGUAUGUUCAAGCAGUCAGAAUAAAUAUAUAUAUGUUAAAUUCGAUGUUAAUGUAAUGUUAGUAUGUAUUUGGGAGAGCAGUUGUUGGUGUAAGAAAAAUUAAAAUCAGCGAAUUAUGUGGUAAACCAUAAAAUAUAUGUUUUUAAUAACACACGCUGUUAAAAAUGAUCUUCUUUUCAUAUUAUUUCCACUUGUUAAGCCCAAUAAUAUUAAUUUCCCAAAGAAAAAGUAUUUCAAAGAAGCGUACUAUGAAAAUUAUAAUCAAACCGCCUGAAUGUAGGCCACAUAACUUGCGUUGCCUACAUUCAUACGCUUGUUGAAUAUAAUGAAGCGCGAAGUUUUACCUUUAUUAUUUCAAAAACCACUUUUUUGCACUAAAAAAUUUAAAAAUGCAUAGAAGAAAUUUCUAGUAAACAUAUAAAUUUAGAUACAAAUCGCAUUACUAUUUGGAAGUUCCAAGUAUUCUUAUGAAAUAUAGCACUCGUAACAAUAACAAGUUGAGGUAAAAAAGAAAAACUAUAGGUUUACUUAAGCUGUAAUACAAAAAAACACUAAUUAUGAUGCAAUUGUAUGUAGCAAAAUAAAAUGCUUCCAUUUUCAACAAAGAAACACUACAACAAAAGAGAAGACAUAACUAUAACUAAAAAAUAUAUGAAGCUAAAAUAUAACACUACAAAAAAGAGAUGUUGACAGCACAACAAAGCAAGUAUAAUAAAAUAGGAAAUACGAACUAAUGAAGGCAUAAAAGACCCCAAAAGAACACAAGAAAAUAUAAAACAAAAAGAAAUUUAAAACAGAAAAAUAACAAGAAAACAAAAGUAGAGCUAAACAUUCUACAUAUAUAUGAAAUAGUGAAAGCUUUAAGUGUGUAUUUGUGUAAUGCCGCAAAAAAAAAAACAAAUCCAAUACAUAUGAAUAUGUGAAAUUUUAAAAGUAAAAGAAACUAAAAAGAUUAAAAAUAAUUAUUAAAACUAAGAAAUUAUAUCUGAUAAGUAAAAAGAUAGGAGAUACAAAAAUUAUAAAAAAAGAAAUCGAAAUUAAAUUAUUAUUAAGCAAGAUUUUGAAGAAAAUAAUUAAAAACCUUAUUUGAAAAAAAAAAAACAAAUUAAAAGUUUGAUUUUGAAGCAUACACAACCAGCUACUCAUACAAAACAGCAAACAUUUAGCCUUUAAUUUAAACAAACGAAACACAUACAAAAUCAUUGAUUAAUCCCAAGUUAUCCUUAAGGAGUUGAAGCAAUAAUUAUGCUUCAAUAAUGAAAUUUCAAAUACAAAAUAUAUACACAUUUGAUUGUGGCCGCACAAUAAUUCACAAAGAAAGUUGAACGAAUUUAUUUGGUUUCAGAAUUCAUUUCUGCCGUCCCCCGACACACCAAGUACAUACACAGAUGUACAACAACAGCACAAAUUGCUUAGAAAUACACACACAUAAAGGCUUUUACCUUCGCUUUGUUGAAACUAAACCCUUGAACCUUAAGAAACACUUCAUUUGGCUAUUUAAAGUCCAUCAGGACUAGAAACACUUAAGCUAGGCACCUAGUGCAUGGUGUGAUGAAGCAUUAAUGGAAGGAAAACACUAAAAAAAAUUAAUUUUGCUUUUAAAUCCACUAUGUGCUUAGCAGUAUUCUAUAAAGCCUUGUUCAAGAAUUUCAUUUUAUAUUUCCUUUUUUACUAUUUUUGUUUAAUAUUUUUUAUAUAUUCACCACUAAGAAUAUAAAUAAUUUAAUUUAAGCUAAAUAAAAAAGCAUACAUAAAUGGCAACAAUGUGAAAUUUCAUGUAUAACUGUUUAGUCGUAUACAUAUUAGCUGCUAAAUGUAUGCCUGUAUAUCACAUAAUCUCGAAUGAAGGUGUAUAAUUAGGCAUAAUGCAAAUGUUAAAAUAAGCAUAUAUAAUUUUAAGUGAAAACAAAAACACCCUGUAAAAGGCGAAGAAAAUCACCAAAACAGACAACGCAUUAAAACAAUAAUGAAAACUAAAUAAAAAUGGAAAAUAAAAAUCAAAUGUUGAAAACAAAA